GACGAUGACCCUCGAAAUGGAAGUAAUCUCCAAAGAAACCAUAAAACCUUCGUCUCCAACCCCUCCCGAUCUUCGACGUUACCAACUCUCUUUCCUCGACCAAGUCUCUCCAUUAGUGUAUAAUCCUCUUGUCCUGUUUUACGCUGAUCAUAAUGUUUCUGCGAAUCCUAGACAGGAUAGCUCCGACAUGCCCUCCAUUACCGACCACCUCAGAAGAUCAUUGUCCCAUGUUCUAACUCACUACUAUCCUCUCGCUGGGCGACUCAUAGAUAAUACCUUCAUAGACUGUAACGACGAGGGAGUGCCAUACUCAGAAACCAGAGUGAAGGGCCAGCUCUUGGAUUUUAUUCAAAACCCUAACCCUUCUGAACUUAACUAUUUGCUUCCAUUUCAACUUGACAAGGUCACUGAGAUAACCUUCGGUGUUCAGGUUAAUGUCUUCGAGUGUGGUGGGUUUGCAAUUGGCGUUUGUAUGUCUCACCAGAUCUCAGAUGCUUUGUCGUUUUUCACGUUUCUCAAUUGUUGGGCUUCUCUUGCUCGUGGUAAUGGACAAGCUGAGUUGACAAGUAAUCCAAGGUUUGUGUCGGCUAAUCUCUUCCCACCGAAAAACACAACAGGAUUUGAUGCUAGAUCUGGGAUCGUAAAGGACAACAAAAUCUCCAAAAGGUUUAUUUUUAAUGCUUCAGUUAUCGAAGCUCUCAAGACAAAAUAUGCUCAAACCGAUGAGAAGCUCCCUUCAAGAGUAGAAGCCUUAUCAGCUUUCAUAUGGAGUCGUUACGUGGCAUCCACACAAGAUACCCAUGGCCCACAAAAAACCUACGCCGUGGUUCACGCCGUCAACCUCCGUCCGAGGAUGGAACCUCCGUUGCCUCCGGCCUCCUUCGGAAAUUAUUACCGUUUUACGAUGACGCUUAUUCCAACAUUAGAGAAAGAAGAGGAAUGUAACCAUGGAGUUCUGUUUAUAAAACAGGUAAGAGAGCAAAUGAAGAAGAUCGACAAGGAUUAUGUGAGAAGAAUCCAGGAAGGAGCAAGUGAACAUUUGGAUUUCCUUAAGGAUAGUUCGGACAGAGUACUUGUGAAGAGAGAGAUGGUUGCAUUUAACUUCACCAGUUUGUGUAGGUUUCCAAUAUACGAUGCUGAUUUUGGUUUCGGGAAACCUACGUGGGUAGGAUCCUGCGCAUUGACUUUUAAGAAUCUGGUUGCGUUUAUCGACACCAAGCAUGGUGGUGGCAUCGAGGCCUACAUUAACUUAACGUUGGAAGAUAUGGCCAAGUUCGAAGCUGACAAGGAAUUUCUGGCGUGUGUUAAUAAAUCAGAAUAGUUUAUCCAUGCUAGUCUAUAUUGUCCUAUGCUAAAAUAGACAAGUUCCGGAUCAUUAGAACUUUAAAUCCAAGUGUGUGUAGACAAAAACAGAAAGUAGUACAAGAAUGUGUCAGGUCUUGGUAAAUUUCAUCUUGCAUCCCCCCUUUCCACUAAAAAAGAACUGUUUAUAGGCGUUUAUGUUAUGAUAUGUCCAUAUUUGGUAUAUAUACGAUACACCAGCCUGAAUCAAGGAAUUAGA